AUGCGAGUCAAGUUGCUAGUGAAGCAGUUGGAACUUGGAAGUAUCAGAACAGUGGCUUCUUUCUCUGCAGAAGAGAAGGUGGUGCAAUUGUACAAAAGAAAAUGUGAAGGUCCAGUUAGAGCUGGAAAAAAAGAAGGGCUAUUGGGUGGUGCAGGUUAUGGAUUUUCAAUGUUCUGCUUGUACUCUGUCUAUGCUGCCAGCUUUUAUGCUGGUGCUCGGUUGAUUCAGUCCAGUAAGGUCACAUUUGCUGAUGUUUUCCGGGUUUUCUAUGGUCUCAGCUUGACAGCUUCCGCAAUUUCUCAAUCAGGUGUCCUUGCUCCUGAAUCCACCAAAGCAAAAACUGGUGCAUCUUUGAUCUUUGCACUUCUUGACCGACAAUCCAAGAUAGACUCGAGUGAUAACUCAGGAAUGAUAUUAGAGAAUGUGAAGGAAAACAUUGAGUUUCGACAUGUCAGUUUCAAUUAUCCAAGUCGACCUGAGGCUCAAGUCCUAAAAGAUCUAUGCCCAGAAUUUAGCUCUGUUGAGACGGUAGCUCUGGUGGGAGAAAGUGGGAGUGGAAAAUCAACAGUCAUUUCCUUGUUGAAAAGAUUUUACAAUCCGGAUUCAGGCCUAGUCACAUUAGAUGGAGUAGAAAUUCAAAAGUUGAAGGUGAAAUGGUUGAGAGAGCAAAUGGGAUUAGUAAGCCAGGAGCCUAUAUUGUUCAAUGACACAAUCAGAGCCAAUAUAGCAUAUGGAAAAGAAACUGAUGCCACAGAAACAGAAAUAUUAGCUGCUGCUGAGUUAGCAAAUGCUCACAACUUCAUCAGUGCCUUACAACAGGGGUAUGAAACACUAGUUGUUGAAAGGGGCAUGCAACUCUCUGGUGGACAGAAACAAAGAGUUGCAAUUGCAAGAGCUAUAGUGAAAUGUCCAAAAAUAUUACUACUAGGUGAGGCCAUAAGUGCACUUGACUCGGAGUCUGAGAAAAUAGUUCAAGAUGCACUUGAUAGAGUAAGAUCAGGCAGAACAACAGUUGUGGUGGCUCAUAGAUUGUCCACAAUUAAAGGAGCUGAUGUUAUUGUUGUCAUCAAAGAUGGUGUCAUUGUGGAGAAAGGAAAUCAUGAAAUGGUAUCUAUGCUUCUCUAAUAUCAAAGUCUUCUAGCACUAUGAAGUAGUACAUAAAAAAAUGGCAUAAAAAAUGGAAUUUUGAUGCACAAAACGUCCCACAUUCAUGCAAGUUCCAGAAAGGGUCGCAAACCAAAUGGGGGUGAUGUAGGCAGUGGCUGAUUCUACAGCUUGACAAACUAUGAAGUAGUACAUGUUCUUUUUUGUUUUUGUUUAUAAUAGUGGUGUAUCGUUCGGUCUAACUUACAUGUAUUUUGAUUAUUUUAU